GGUGUCUAGUAAGUAACCAUUGUUAAAGCUAAAAUUUAAAUCAACAUGAAUUACCUACAGACCAAAGGGGGGAGCACCUCGACGCCAUCAAAACCAAAAUACUUGAAAGAUUUAAACGCAGAGCAGCUACAAACGUUUUGCACUUCUUUUGAUACCGUCUUCUGUGAUUGUGAUGGCGUCGUGUGGUACACGUUGGGCGACUUUAUUCCCGGCUCGGCGGAUGCCAUUAGGCAGCUACAGCUUCAAGGCAAGCAGCUGACUUUUGUGACGAACAACAGCAUCUGCUCAGUGGAGCGACAUAUUCAGAGAUUUGCUCGAGCACAGCUGAAAAUAGACAAGCAACAAAUUGUACAUCCGGCGCAGACCGUUUGCGACUAUCUAAAGUCGCAGAACUUUGAGGGCCUCAUAUAUUGCCUGGCUACGGCUUCCUUCAAGGAACUGUUGCUCAGCCAAGGCUUCCACCUGGUUCCAGAGCAACAGGAUGGCGUCCAAAUCAAGAAUCUGUGCGAUUUGCGAAGCGCCAUCCAGGCAGAGCAUCAAGUAAAGGCCGUCAUCAUUGAUGUCGACUUCAACAUGUCCCUAGCCAAGAUAAUGAGGGCCUACCAGUAUCUGCAGAAUCCUCAGUGUUUGUUCAUAGCGGGAGCUGCAGACGGAGUCGUUCCUUUUGGGGCUGGCGAAGUUAUAGGUCCUGGCGCAUUCAUUGACAUUGUGGCUCUGGCAGCGGGACGUCAGCCUGUGGUGCUUGGCAAGCCUGGCGCCGGACUGAUGCCAAUAUUGCGAGAACGCCAUGUGGGCAGCCCGCCCGCUCGUGUUCUCUUCAUCGGCGACAGCCCAGGAAGCGACAUCGUCUUUGCCCGCCAGUGCGGCUAUCAGACACUGCUGGUGCUGAGUGGCGGCGUCUGCGCAGCAGAUGUGGCAUUGGAUGAUCAGUCGGCGCCAGACUAUGUUACCGAUUGUCUGGGCGACUUGACUAAUUUUAUAUGAGGAGGGACUGGCUGGAUAAUAACCAACGCUAUAAACACUCUCCCAAAUAUACCAUCCGAAUCGAGAGCCUAUUACAAGA